CAGAGGACCACUUUUAACGUAAUUCUACCUUGAUUUUAGAAAGGUACAACUUCCUAUUGGUAGUGUACAACAAAUAUCAGCAUAAACUCAGAAAGUUGACAUUGAAUACUAGGCAGUAGUAGGAUCUGUUUCUGUAGUGGCCUGUCUGUCUUUAAAGCAAAGAAACACCAAAAAUUCAACUCCGUUGCCGUACAACGGCAGGGACCAUAAUCAAAACGGCAAAUCACAAUGAACAAAACGGCAGCACACCAUCGCCAAAUCCUCUCUACCAUGGAAACGACGUCGUCUGGUGUAAUCCCGGCUCCGUUUUCGGCCGGGUACCGCUCGAUUCUGCAAUCAAUCGGCGGAGACGGAGCCGUGAAAUCAGAUUAUGUGGUGGAAUUGAACGCCGCCGAUUUCGAUGCGGUGCUCGAGGAAACCCCGGCUACUUACGCCAUUGUUGAAUUCUUCGCUAAUUGGUGUCCUGCUUGUAGAAAUUACAAGCCACACUAUGAGAAGGUUGCGAAGCUCUUUAAUGGGGCAGAUGCAGUACAUCCAGGGAUCAUAUUAAUGACGAGAGUCGAUUGUGCCGUACAGGUAAAUACUAACCUCUGUGAUAAGUUCUCUGUUGGACAUUACCCCAUGCUUCUAUGGGGCCCACAUUCUAAGUUUGUGUCUGGGAGUUGGGACCCAGAGAAAAAUACGAGUGAAAUACGAUCUAUCAAUGAUGCACGCACAGCUGAUCAAUUGCUGAAUUGGAUAAAUAAGCAAAUUAACAGCUCGUACAGCCUGGAUGAUGAGAAAUACGAGCAUGAGCAUCUUCACGCAAAUGCUUCGGAUCUUGGACAGAUUGCACGUGCUAUAUAUGAUGUUGAGGAGGCUACAUUCACUGCUUUUGACAUCAUUUUAGAGCAUAAGAUGAUUAAAUCAGAGAAUCGAGCGUCACUUAUUAAAUUCUUCCAGCUUUUGGUGGUCCAUCACCCAUCUAGAAGGUGCCGAAAGGGAACUGCAGAAAUACUUGUUGAUUUUGAUGAUUUUGCAGCCAAGAAGGAAACUGCAGUUGUUGGUGAGCAAGGUGCUUUUAGGAAUUUCAAGAUUUGUGGAAAAGAUGUUCCUCGAGGAAACUGGAUGUUUUGUCGUGGCAGCAAGAACGAGACCAGAGGCUUUAGUUGUGGAUUGUGGGUUUUACUGCACUCGCUUUCUGUAAGAGUCGACGAUGGCGAAAGCCACCUGGCAUUCACCACUAUCUGCGAUUUCAUCCGUAGUUUCUUUAUAUGCGAGGAGUGCAGGCAACAUUUUUCCGAAAUGUGUUCAAGCGUUUCGAAUCCUUUCAAGAAAUCUCGGGAUUUCAUCCUCUGGCUAUGGAACACACACAACAAAGUGAACGAGAGGCUUAUGAAGGAAGAGGCAUCUGCUGGAACAGCCGAUCCUAAAUUCCCAAAAAUCAUAUGGCCACCAAGUCAGCUUUGCCCUUCUUGCUAUCUUAGGAAAACCAUAAAAAAUGAUCGAAUAUUAAAUAGUAAGAUUAAUUGGGAUUAUGACGAGGUUUAUAAGUUUUUGAUCGGUUAUUACGGUGAGAGACUCGAAACUCUACACAAGGAGGAGAGUAUUCUUCCCGAGGAUGAAGAUGAAGAGUUAAUAGUUGUGGUGCCUAUAGAAGCUGCUGCACUGGCUAUAGCAAUAGUGAGCUGUUUAUUCGGAGCAGUUGCCUGUUAUUGGCGUCGAAGACAGAAGUUUUUGAAACAUAAAUACUAUUUACACUCUUUAAAAAGUAUAUGAAAAUUUUAAUUGAUAAUAAUAUAUAGGUUUUUGCAUUUUAACUUAUAUAUAUACAGGAUCUGGUGGUGUUAGUUGUUACAUUCAAUUGUUGUUGUAUACGAACAUUUUCAGGCCAAACAUUUGUAGCAUUUGGAUAAUUUGAUCGAUAAUCGAAGCUCGUUUUUUUCUUCUU